CCGACACCUCCUCUUCCCCUUCCUCACAGCGCUUCCUCUGUCUCGGCUGCCGGCGGGGCUGAGCGUGGUGGGAGCCAUGCGUGGAGCUGGCGGCGGGGCGGCAGGUGCAGCGGGCGGGCGGCGGUAGCGGCCAUGGACGGGCCGGGAGAGGUGGGCCGGCCACCGGUGGUGGCCACGAACGGGCUGGGAGGGCAGGGCCGGGCGCCGGUAGCGGCCAUGGAUGGGCCGGGAGGGCUGGGCCGCGUGCGGCGGCUGUGCCACUGGGGCCCGCUGGUGGCCCUGGCUGUGGUGGCCGUGUGCUCUGCCACCGCCAUGGCGGACGCCGCGCUGUGGUACUGGCCCCUGGAUACCGCCGGAGGAAGCGUCAACUUCAUCAUGCUCCUCAAUUGGACCGUCAUGAUCCUUUACAACUACUUCAGCGCCAUGUUUGUCGGCCCGGGGUACGUCCCGCUGGGGUGGACGCCGGAGAAAUCUCAGGAUUGCAUGUAUCUCCAAUACUGUAAAGUGUGUCAGUCUUAUAAGGCACCACGUUCACACCACUGUCGAAAGUGUAACAGAUGUGUCAUGAAGAUGGAUCACCACUGUCCUUGGAUCAACAACUGUUGUGGGUACCAGAAUCACGCAUCUUUCACUCUGUUUCUCCUCUUAGCUCCACUUGGAUGCAUUCACGCUUCUUUCAUAUUUGUUAUGACUAUGUACACUCAGCUUUACAACAGAAUAUCUUUUGGGUGGAGUUCUGUAAAAAUUGACAUGAGUGCAGCCAAAAGAGACCCUCGACCCAUUAUUCCCUUUGGACUGUCUGCAUUUGCUGCAUCUUUAUUUGCCUUAGGACUGGCAUUAGGAACAACUAUUGCUGUUGGUAUGCUGUUUAUUAUCCAGAUGAAAGUCAUUUUGACAAAUAAAACUUCAAUCGAGUCCUGGAUUGAAGAAAAGGCCAAAGACAGAAUCCAGUACUACCAAACGGGUGAGACCUUUAUUUUUCCCUAUGACAUGGGAAGUAAAUGGAAGAACUUCAAGCAAGUGUUUACAUGGUCUGGGAUUCCUGAGGGAGAUGGCCUGGAUUGGCCAGUAAGAGAUGGCUGUCAUCAAUACAGUUUGACGAUAGAGCAGCUGAAACAGAAAGCAGACAAGAGAGUAAGAAGCGUGCGGUAUCGAGCAAUAGAAGAUUACAGUGGUGUCUGCUGCCCUGUGACUAAAGGUGUUAAAACGUUAUUCACAACACCGUGUUCUGAAGAACCUAGAAUUGCACUGAGUAAAGGGGAUCUGAUUUUAGCCACAAGAGGCUUAAACCACUGGAUGUAUGGUGAGAAGAUUCUCGACUCAGCUGCUGAUGGUGCAAUAAGAGAACGAGGCUGGUUCCCUAGGAAAUGUGUGGAAAAAUGCCAAUAUGACUCAGAAACGGAUCAACCAGUGGAUGGAGAGAAGAAAAACAGAUAGCCUUCUCAUUUUUUUAAAAUAAGAAAUGGAAUUUUUACUUCAGACCACAAUCUUUUACUUGAAAUUUUUUGCAUAUUACUUCAGACUUAUGCAAUGAAUGCGUUAGGACAAGGUUUUCUUUUCCUCGCAGCUGAAAGGGUUGGAUAUGCCUGUGCCAUGGUUUGCAGACUUUUCUUAACAGUAAAUAAUUGAAGAAGCCAUUCAGUGGAUUGCCUUCAAGAUGCAUCUUCUUCAGCCCGAGUCAGGGCUUUUUGUGUUUCAGUUGCAUUCUGAGGGUUCAUGAUUUAGAUGUUUUUCUCAACCACAUCUGAUUGCGAUGCGUGCUGCAUCUCUUUUAUAUUUUAAUUUCUCUGAAGCUGCCCCUGAAAGCUAUAAAAUAAACAUCUGAUUCAAAUUCAAGGUGAAAUUUGUUACCUGUGACUUUUAAUGAUGUGAAUUGUCCACCUCAAAUAAAUGGUAUGUUCAUAUUCA